GAGGGAUGGGGUUGCGGAGGUGGAGUGGGGGCUAUAGGGGGGAUGGGGCCGUGGAGGUGGCAUUGAGGGUGCAGGGGCGAUCGGGCUACAGGCUCAGUGGAGGCCCAGUGAGGGCCCGGCGUGUGCCGGGCCCUCCUUAGGGCUCCCAGUGGGGACGGUGGAGUCAUCGAGGCGGGCGGUCGGAAGGGACGGCCAGAGCAGAGGUCCUAGCGGGGUCCUGGCGGUGGGAAGGACCCUGGGCCAGUGCUGCACUGGCUCCGAGCCGGGUGGCAUGGCCCAUUUGGGGGCUGUCACCCGCAAGGUUUGGAGGAGGCCUUGCUGCUGCAGGGCCAGUUUGGAUUAUGGCAGCCGCCCAGGAGCCAUGGGGUGGAAGGUGAACUAGGACUUUGUGAAGUUGAGGUGUUUUAGGGGUGGCGACAGGGUCAGGUCAAGGGUGGUGGGUGGACAACCACGGAGUUGAAGGCACUGUAGGAAGAGCGGGUGUGCAUGGAUAGCAAGGUGAGUGUGCAGAGCACCCUGUUCCGACUGGACAGCCAAGGCUGGGGUCUGCUGGACAUCCAGGUCUGGGGGAGUUGUUGGGAAAUAGGGAGUUCUCAAAGCCAUGGGGCACGAUCGCUCAGGGACUGAUAAAAGAAGGAGUCUCCAGAGGAGGAAGAGGGUCCAGGCCAGGCAGUUCUGGAGAAACCACAGUGGGGGCCCAGGUGUGGAAGGACCGGCUUGGCCACCCAAGGUCACUGGUAAUGAAAGCUCCCUCCCUGCAGCUCCAGGAUAACUGAGAGCUCAUUGUCCCCUCCUGGGGGGGCGGAGCGGAGAAAGAAGGUUAAUCUUGAGAGUGGGCUGGGCACCCACGGGUGAGUCAGCCUCUGGAUAACUGAGCUUUGCAGAGUGUGGAAACUGAGCAGGUUCUGUAGGAUUUGUCAACAGGCGGGCCGUGUAAGCUCAUGGUCAGGCUAAUAUAGGUCAGGAGUUUAGUAUAUGCAUCAUGGACCUAAGGCCCAAGCCAGCCACACUUGCUGGCUGUGUGACCUUAGCUUGUUAUUUAGCCACUCUGUGCUUGUUUCCUCUGCAGUGAAACGGAGAUCAUAGCGUUGCUGUGAUUCCCCAUGGAGACACAUUUAAGGGAAAUUAAACUGGAGGAUGCAAAAGAAUCUUCAUUCAAGUGAGCCCAAGGCACGUGCAUCUCCGACUGUAUACGGUGUCCUCGCCCAAGAGAAGUGGGUUGGGGCAGGCCACUCACCUGGAUGCUGGGCCCAGCACUGGGACUCAGGGCUGUUCUCACUUUCUCAGGGGUGACGUGGGGUGGCCACAUGCCGUGCUGACCUUCAGAAUGCAGAAGUUGCCCUGGACUCCCGUUGCUGGUGUUCCCGAUGCAGCAGAGACUCUCCUGCGGCCCUUGAGCUGAUGGUGAAGCCCUGCCACAGAGGGGGCUGCACCCCGACUGCUGGACUCGGCUCCCCUGGCUCCAGGCUGUUGGAGUUGACGGCAGGUGGAUCGGAACUUGGGUCCCUGGGAAGUGAGUUGUCUUUGUGGUCAACCCAUUGAAGAGAUGGAUUUGGACCAAUUGGACCUGAAUCCCAGAAUUAUUGCUGCAGUUAAGAAAGCCAAACUGAAAUCAGUAAAGGAGGUUUUGCAUUUUUCUGGACCAGACUUGCAGAGACUGACCAGCCUCUCUGGCCCUGACGUGCAACACCUGCUGAGAGCAGCUGCCACGCACCUGCAGGGGAGCAGCGUCCUCACAGCGCUCCACCUGCACCAGCAGAAGGAGAAGUUCCCUGCGCAGCACCAGCGCCUGAGCCUGGGCUGCCCGGUGCUGGACAGGCUCCUCCGGGGUGGCCUGCCCCUGGAUGGCAUCACCGAGCUGGCUGGCCGCAGCUCCGCCGGGAAGACCCAGCUGGCACUGCAGCUCUGCCUGGCCGUGCAGUUCCCGCGGCAGCACGGGGGCCUGGAGGCCGGGGCUGUCUACGUGUGCACCGAGGACGUCUUCCCGAACAAGCGUCUGCAGCAGCUCAUCUCGCAGCAGCAGCACCUGCGGAGAGAUGUCCCGGAAGAGGUGGUCAGGAAGAUAAGAUUUGGCAACCAGAUCUUCAUUGAGCACGCGGCUGACGUGGACACCCUGCUGGAGUGUGUGAGUAAGAAGUUGCCUGUGCUGCUGUCUCGGGGGAUGGCGCGCCUGGUGGUCAUCGACUCUGUGGCAGCCCCAUUCCGCUGUGAAUUUGACGGCCCAGCUUCGGCCCCCAGGGCCAGGUGUCUACAGGCCCUGGGGGCUGCACUGCGCCAGCUGAGCUGCACCUUCCAGAGCCCAGUGCUGUGCGUCAACCAGGUGACGGAGGCUGUGGAGGAGCGGGGCGAGGCACCAGGGCCACCGGGGCUCUGGGAUGAGCGGACUUCUCCAGCCCUUGGAAUAACCUGGUCCAACCAGCUCUUAAUGAGGCUGAUGGCCGAUCGGCACCACCCCACGGAGGCCGUCCUCACCCCGCCCAGCCACCCUGCUCGCACUCUCAGGGUGAUCUUCGCCCCUCACCUGCCCCCCUCGUCCUGCUCCUACACAGUCAACGCUGAGGGCGUGCGAGGGACGCCCAAGACCGAGGCUGCUGACCCAGCAACUGCAGAACACUGACCAGAUCCCAGCAGACCCUUCCAAAGUCCACGGACACAGGGGACCACCAUCUUUGACUCAGCACACCCAUCACUGGGUUAGAGUCCCCUCGGGGGUGUCUGUCGCACUUUCCCAACCAAAGAGACAGUGAGCAUGGAUACCGCCCCCCGCGCCCCCGCCCCCCCUCCCCGACCCAGGGCUGUGCCUUCCUCUUCUUGGGUUUUGGGACACAUCCAGCUCUUAAGCCAUGAGCACGUGUCCUCCACUGCCGCACUGGCCCUUGCAGGUGCUGGCAGCUCCCCAGGUGUCUCUACAAUGAGCUCCUGGAAACCUCAGCCUCACAAGGAGCAGCUUUCUCUGUCUUCUGUGUCCACGUCAGCUCCCACCCGGGAUGGAGGCCAACAGUCUUCCCUGGCCCCUCCCAGUGAGGUCUCCACUCUGCUCCCCUGCAGGCUCCUGCCCUCCUUCCCGCCGGCUGCGUCCCCUUCCCCCACUGCUCCAGCCGCAUCAGGCCACAGUCAGAUGAGCUCCCCACUGGCCCUCACCCCCUGUUGGGAUGUUGGCUCCCAGCCCCCAACACACUCCCCACUCCCAAAACUCCAAUUUAGAACAGGGUGCAGAAAACAGACACCAAGCUGACUGUAGGCUAUGGGGUCCAGGAGAGGUGUCUGGGAGUGGGAUGGUGCUUUAUUUUACUUUUGUGUUGCCUCUGCCACCAGCCCGAGCUGGACAAAGGAGCAAGACACAACUAUGGGCACUGACUUGGCCCAUCUGCUAGGAAAACCAGUUCUGGGCAAACGAGAGUUUUGUUUUGUUUUAAAAAAAACAACACAUCCCACCAUGUUCUUGCUGCCUCCCCAAGCCUGGCCUCAGUGGUCAGGACAUCAGCCCUGGCCUGGCAGGACCUGCUGCACAGACCCAGCUCCCACACCAUGGCUGGGGGCCUUACUUCCAGCUAGAAAGUGGGAUCUCCUGUCAGCUAGGGUCCUGCUCCAUUUUGCUACAAACUCCAGAAUCUGACCAUCUGGUGGAGACACAAGACAUGAGGGACAUGAUUGCCCGUCCAGAGGACAUGGCCUUGGCACAGGCAGAGCUGUGCCCGUCUUCAUCCUCAUCAUCCCCACCCCCCAGUGCCUCACCAUGCUGCCUGGCACAGAGUUGAUCUUGGAGAAAUAAACGUGCUAAGUGAC